AUGGUCGUGAUGUCAAUGCUGGGCUUCUACUUCGAGCCCUCGCGUCACGAUAGGGACCGCUACAUCCGCGUGCACCUUCGCCACAUAAGGCCAGACAAACUGCACCAUUUCGAGAAGCUUCGACCUGAUGCGACUCUUCCGCUGCCAUAUGACUACGAGAGCGCGACUCACCCCGCGUGGCAGUUCUGGCGGCACCUUGGCAAGACUGGCAUAUCCAGCGUUGCCACGUACAAAGACCAGGACCCCGACGGUUCAGUGAUGAAGGCACUGGGCCACCACGCCAAGCUGCUUUCAGACCUCGACAUCGUGAAAAUCAAUAGUGUGUACGGGAUCACUUGCUUCCGUCAAAGCAGUGUACGUCAGAUGACCUUAAAAUAUCGAGUGGCGCUGGCGAUCGCGAUAUUGAAAAGCAAACCCGACCGCGUGUCGCUAAAUCAGCAUAUAAAUCGGCUAAAAGAGAAAAUGGACGACACGGCCAUGGACUGUGACUCGGACGUUACCGUAUGCAGCGAGGAUUUCCUAAUGGACGACAACGGUGGACACGAAACUGUAGACGAGGCU